CUUGUUUUCUUGGCGUGUGGGUAACCACAACUCAUCACACCAGGACUAUAUAUACUCACAAAUAUAUUCUCAUGUAGCGGCCAAAUUCAUAACUCACAGUCCAAAGAAACAACAACCCACAAAAGAGUUAUAUAAUCAUCCGAUGGCAUCUACUGAGAACCCUGACCCAGAAACUGGCAAAUCUGAACCGAUUCCCGCAUCGGCUACAACACCACCUCCCUCAGCCGCUAGUUUCCUAGAUUGUCGUAAAAUAGACGUUAUAAUAAGAGUUCUGCUUUUCUCCGCCACUCUGACUGCUCUUAUAGUAAUGGUGACCAGCGACCAGUGCCGGCCCGGAGGACAGGCCACCCAAGCCACCGCUUGGGGCACCACAUUUUUUUUUUUAAGGGUCUCCGUUUACCUAGCGUCCUUAGACAUGGUGAUGCUGGGGAUUUUGGCGUCUGCAACGGGAACGGCGGGAGGAGUUGCGUACAUAGCGUUGAAAGGAAACAAAGAAGUUGGGUGGAACAAGAUUUGUAAUGUCUACGACAAGUUUUGUCGUUACAUCGCAACUUCGCUUGCCUUAUCUCUCUUUGCUACACUUCUUCUUCUAGUUUUAUCCAUUUGCUCAGCUCUCUCCAAGAGAACUCCAUGAACAAAACAAAAGCUCUAAAUCCCUCGUCUUUCUGAAUUCUGAUUCAAAUCUAAAAUCAAGUUUCUUUCUUCUCAAUCCAUUGUUUUUACGAUCUUUGGUUUUU